AUGAACCGCGCCGUAACAGCAGCCACCACCCUCCAAACCUUCUACAACCCGUCCACAGGCCUGUGGAACACAUGCGGCUGGUGGAACGGCGCGAACUGCCUCACGACUCUCGCCGACCUCGCCGCCCUCAACGAAAACGUCAAUGCCACCGCCCCAGGCGUGCUGGAGAACACCUUCCGCGUCGCAACAAACAGUAACCCGUUCCCUGCGCGCAGCAUCGACGCCGACUACACGGCUGCCAACGGCACCGCCUACCUGAUCCCGGGCCAGCCGACGGGCGCCGCGAACGCGUCGCUGUGGCUGGAUGGGAGCUACGACGAUGAUAUGUGGUGGGGGUUGGCGUGGGUGGCGGCUUAUGAUUUGACGGGGGAGCCGGAUUAUCUGGAUUUGGCCGAGGGGGUGUUUUUCCGUUUGAGUCGCGCAUGGCCCUCUCGGUGCGGCAACGGUGGCCUCGACUCGGACUACACGCACGUCUACGUGGGGGCCGUCUCCAACGAGCUCUUCCUGCAGCUCGGGGCAGCACUGGCCAACCGGGCCUCCCACAAAGACUACUACCUCGACUGGGCGACGCGGCAGUGGCGCUGGUUCGCCGAUAGCGGGCUCAUCAACGCCAACCACACCAUCAACGACGGGCUGACGGACGCGUGCACCAACAACGGCAUGACGCUGUGGUCGUACAACCAGGGCAUCGUGCUCGGCGGGCUGGUCGAGCUGCACCGCGCCACGGGGCAAGCAGCUGCUAACUCGACGUACCUUGCGGCUGCGUCGCGGAUUGCGCAUGGUGCGAUCGCGGCCUUGGCCGAUGAGGAGGGCGUGAUCCAUGAGUCGUGUGAGCCGGAUGCGUGCGAUGAUAAUCAGACGCAGUUCAAGGGGAUCUUUAUCCGGAAUUUGAAGGUUUUGCAGGGGAUCGCGCCCAAUGAGACCUUCGCGAGGGUUAUCAAUGCUUCCGCUGAGAGUCUGUGGGAGAAUGAUCGCACUCCUGCUAAUGGGUUUGGGCUUGAUUGGUCUGGUCCGGUUGUCAGUGUCAAGGUUAAUGCUUCUACGCAGAGCUCUGCGUUGGAUGCGCUUGUUGCUGCUAUUUGGUAG